ACCCAAUUAAGUCGGUUACUAAUUCCGCCCGCUUGGUAUUUGUUAUAAUGUUCUUCCCAUUCCAGUGAAUCCUCAGUUCUUCCACUGAUGUGCUCACAGGAGUAGCAGUAAAAUCCACUUUUUAAAUGGCUUCUAAUGGUACCACGCCGCACACGUGCUCAUCUCCGAUGAAGGCUACAUCCAAUGGUGUUUUCCAAGGAGAUAAUCCCCUGGAUUUUGCACUUCCCCUUGCCAUUUUGCAGAUAUGUGUGGUUAUCGUGGUUACAAGAGUUCUAGCAUAUAUGCUGAAGCCGUUACGACAACCACGCGUAAUUGCAGAGAUCAUUGGAGGAGUGUUACUUGGACCAUCAGCUAUUGGUCGAAAUCAAGACUUCCUGCAUGCCCUAUUCCCACCCAAAAGCAUUACUCUCUUGGACACUCUAGCAAAUAUAGGUCUGUUAUUCUUUAUGUUUCUUGCAGGCCUAGAAAUAGAACUUCACUCCUUGCGUCAGACAGGAAAAAAGGCCCUCGGAAUUGCCAUUGCAGGAAUUAGCCUCCCUUUUGCAUUAGGAAUUGUUUCUUCAUUUGUUCUUCUGGAAACAAUAGCUGAGGGUGUAAAUAGAACUUCCUUUCUCAUAUUCAUGGGUGUAGCACUUUCUAUAACUGCAUUCCCCGUUUUAGCACGAAUCUUGGCUGAACUGAAGCUUUUAACAACUGAUGUUGGGAGAACUGCAAUGUCUGCAGCAGCAGUUAAUGAUGUGGCUGCAUGGAUUCUGCUUGCACUAGCAAUUGCAUUAUCUGGUGACAACCUCACUCCUGCUGUCUCGGUUUGGGUUUUCCUUAGCGGGUGUGGGUUUGUCAUCUUUUCAAGUCUUAUUGUCCCACCAGUUUUUAAAUGGCUGUCUCGAUGUUGCCACGAAGGACAGCCCAUCGAUGAGAUUUAUGUAUGUGGCACAUUAGCUGCAGUACUUGCAGCUGGAUUUGUUACUGAUACAAUUGGAAUUCAUGCAAUGUUUGGGGCAUUUGUGAUAGGCGUUCUUGUGCCAAAAGAGGGGCCAUUUGCUGGUGCACUUGUCGAGAAAGUUGAGGAUCUUGUUUCUGGUCUUUUCCUCCCACUGUACUUUGUUUCAAGUGGAUUGAAAACAAAUGUAGCUACAAUCAAAGGAAUUCAGUCAUGGGGUCUACUAGUUUUGGUUAUAUUCACUGCAUGCUUUGGGAAGAUUGUUGGCACUUUUUUAGUUUCCCUUCUCUUCAAAAUGCCCAAAAGUGAAGCCCUUACCCUUGGUUUUCUGAUGAACACUAAAGGAUUGGUGGAACUGAUUGUUCUUAACAUUGGCAAAGAUAGAAAGGUUUUGAAUGACCAGACAUUUGCCAUUAUGGUGCUGAUGGCUCUUUUCACAACUUUUAUUACAACACCUUUAGUUGUGGCGGUGUAUAAACCUUCAAAAAUGGCGAGCAGUGAUAGCUAUAAACACAGAACGAUAGAAAGGAGAAAUCCAAAUACUCAACUCCGAAUCUUGGCUUGUUUCCAUAGCUCAAGAAAUAUCCCAUCUAUGAUAAACCUACUAGAGUCUUCCCGUGGGACUGAGAAGCAAGAUGGGCUUCUUGUAUAUGCUUUGCAUCUCAUGGAGCUCUCUGAAAGAUCAUCAGCUAUCUUAAUGGUACACAAGGCCCGUAGGAAUGGCUUGCCGUUUUGGAAUAAGGGCAUAAGGUCAGAUGCUAAUCAGGUUGUUGUGGCCUUCGAGGCUUUCCAGCAAUUAAGCCGGGUCUCUGUGCGACCAAUGACUUCUAUUUCUUCAUUUUCUGAUAUGCACGAAGAUAUUUGCACAACCGCUGAGAGGAAAAGAGCAGCUAUAAUAAUUUUACCAUUUCACAAGCAUCAGAAAUAUGAUGGCUCAUUUGAGACAACUCGAGCAGAUUUUCAGUGGGUGAACAAGAGAGUUCUUGAGCAAGCUCCAUGCUCGGUGGGGAUCUUUGUUGAUCGUGGGCUUGGUGGCAGCUCUCAAGUAGCAGCAAGUAAUGUUUCCUAUCAGAUAACGGUUCUGUUUUUUGGGGGUGGUGACGAUCGUGAGGCGCUUGCUUAUGGAGCUCGAUUAGCUGAGCAUCCCGGGAUCAGUACGACCGUUGUCUGCUUCUCUCCAAAACACGAGCCAACCGGAGAAAUAACAACAGUCGAUAUGGAUACAACCUCUCCUGGCUUACAAAUUUCUGCUGAUGGUGAGGCCCUUGCUGAUCUUAAGCAGAGAACAUCUCAUGAUGAUUCUGUCAAAUUCGAGGAGAAAACGGUUUGUAACAAGGAAGAAAUAACUGCUGUCAUCCGCGGUCACAGCCGCUGCAACAUGUUUUUGGUUGGUCGAAUGCCCGAUGGUGAAUUGGCGUUGGCACUGAACCAGAUGAGUGAAUACCCUGAGCUUGGGCCAAUUGGUAGUUGUCUGGUUUCACCAGAUUUCCCUAUGGUAGCCUCAGUCCUGGUGUUGCAACAACACAACAAUCAGACAUCCCCAGAUUUGAGACCAGAAGGCGGGGGCGAGGAGUUAGCUUCCUCUGAUGCCCUGUAAACAUACGGCUAACCAUCACAUCACCCCUUGUUCAUCAUGGCAAUGGGACAUGUUUUCUGUAAGUUUGAUUUUGGUUUUCUAAUAAAGUGGUUGUUUAAUGUUGCCUUA